GUUCCGCACUGCAGAUUAUGGGCUGGGCCAACCUGCACCUUGUUGUUGUACACGUUGUCUGGAUGCUCGUGGCACCUGCUCCGGCAGCAUGGAAUCUGUGCCCCCCGGAUUUCUGCGCGAACGUGACGUGCAAGCCGAUCAAGGCCAAGGAUUGUGACGGAAAGGUGGAGCCCAGAGCCAGCGACUGCGGCUGCUGCGAGCAGUGCGUCAAGCAGCUCAAUGAAGGCGACAUCUGCUUUGAUUUCACCAUGUAUGGUCUCGCAAAGUGGGCCGAGUGCAAAGAAGGCUUGAAGUGCUACAACAAGCGUUCCAAGUGCGUCAGAAUCCGCAAUCUGCCCUUCCAGGAAUACGACGACGACGCUGCAGACAAGGAUGCAGCCAUCCUUGCCUAUCUGUAGAGCUCGUUCCUGUCCGAUGACGACGCCUCGAUCGUGUAUCCUACUGACGCACGUUCACGCACGCGCGAACCAGCACACCUAUACUGUACACCGGACACAUACAGACGCGCAGGUCCAUACGACAUGUACAGACGCGCGCAAGAUGUUCCAACGUUUUGGUGACUGCAAAAACCGGACAGAUUUACGAAUUUACGAUGUGGUGGGGCUGCCUCACUAUUGGCCAGAAUUAGUUCGCGCUAAUAGGCGCCCGUCUGAUAGAAGGGCGGAGGCGCCCUUUCUGACAACCCCAAGAAAAAAAGAGCCGGGCCGCGGUUUUUAAUAAACGCCGUGAUAUAAGCGAGUAUUAUUUAGCCCUUAUUCACUACCACAGCGGGAGUCCGGAGAGGGGGGAUAAUUAGUUCAAUAAACUAUGACAGAAGAAAUAGAAACGAAGAAACGACAUCAGUAUCACAGUAUACGACUUCUCAUUCAACUACUGUGUGUGCAUGAGGAAACAAUUUUGAGGACUGGUGAAGGUGAUUCAGAACUUUUAAUUAAAGCUUACUCCAUUUAUGUUCGAAACGAAAAAAAAAAGCUCGACGUAAUUUAUUAGCAGUAUCAGAAGGGCCCUUUUCGUGGAGUGCUUCCAUGGUCCUAGGGCACAGAUUUCUUUCCUUGUAUGUGUACUCUGUAACUGAACAGUUUAUUGAUGCUUUUCUCAGCCAGGUGUAAUCGCAGGAGGGCUGAUACCUGAUAUGCCGUACUGACAUGAAAGCCACGUACUGCAAAGUAAAAAUAUCUGCAACUUGCACGCAACGUGACGUAAGUGCACAAUGCUACUAACAGUCAGCUCCAGUUUCAUAAUAAUGACGCAUAUCGGAUGCAGAAACGCUUACAAACCUUAAAUGCGUUAAUUGUUGGCAGUAUGAUGAAAACCGCAGCAGCGAGUGCUGUGUAACUGCGUGUCUAUCGAUUGAUGUCGUUGAAGCUGUCGGCUUGUCAAACCAUAAAGCCCUCCUGUGAUUACACCUGGCUGAGAAAAGCAUCAAUAAACUGUUCAGUUACAGAGUACACAUACAAGGAAAGAAAUCUGUGCCCUAGGACCAUGGAAGCACUCCACGAAAAGGGCCCUUCUGAUACUGCUAAUAAAUUGCGUCUAGCUUUUUUGUUUCGUUUCGAACAUAAAUGGAGUAAGCUUUAUUUAAAAGUUCUGAAUCACCUUCACCCUCCUGUACGUGGCUUUCAUGUCAGUACGGCAUAUCAGGUAAACUCACGUCCUUACACAUUUUUGGGUGUAAGGGGUGUGAGUUAGACAUACACCAUUUUUCCUUAUUA